UAGUUGAAAUAUUUACACCGUCGACGCUGUGCACAAUGCAUAGAUCAUAACAAUUCUAAAAAGUAUUAAUAAAGUGUUGUCAAACGUGAGUUACAAAAGCCAAUGGAUCAGUUUAGAAGGAGGAAAAAAAAUGCGUAAAACAUGGAUUAAAAGAGAUAAUAUUUAUCAUAAACCUUUGUAUAAACAAAAGCUCAAGUUUACGUUGUUUCUCGUUGUUGUGAUGGGAAUAUCAUUUUUUAUAUAUCAGUUGGUGUAUAUUAGUCAGUUGCUAACACUGGAAUCAAAUCAUGUGGUACAUGAAACAAAUUUGCUUAAACUGAAUCCCAUUACUUCGAUUAAUUUGGAUGGACGACAUGAGGUGGAUAACAUUCAAGGCCAAUUUGGGAAACUCACUCAAGAGCAGAAUUACAAAUCACGAAAAAAGACGAACUCAAGCAAUCAAAACAUAUCGGAAGAAAUUUCAUUCGUUUAUCCGAAGGAAAUAGGCAACGCUGAACGGGACAUUUUUCGUGGCAUUCGAGUGGUAGACCUACACCGUUAUAGCGUAAAUAAAGGCGUAAAGAAUUUUCGAUGCUUUACCUCUCUAAGAGAAAUUCCUUGGGAGUGGGUAAACGAUGACUAUUGCGAUUGUCCGGAUGAUGGCAGCGAUGAACCUAGUACAAGCGCAUGCUCCCGAGGACGGUUUUACUGUAAAUUUCAAAGGCGACAUAAUACAGGCCGCGGAAAAGAUAUGUUCAUAUCGAGUGGUAGAGUAAAUGAUGGUAUUUGUGAUUGCUGUGAUGGUUCUGACGAAUGGUUGACUCGAAGAAGUACGGGUCCAUCUCACGUCUGUGGGGAUCAUGUAAAACAGAAUAUUGAUUUAUCUCUCUGUGGUGUGGAAAUGUGGUUGACCAACUAAAUGGCACUUUAAGCCAACAUCUUAAAAAUAUUCAAUGAGUUGCAUGAAAGCGAAGAUAGAAGCUCAUCAUCGUAAAACGAAACAUGUUCACGACAGAUUUUGCUAAGUAAAUCUAUUUUACGCUCAAAAAAACUUGCCAAACGUUUCAAUAUAAUC